AUGGCGAGUGUCCCGCCAGUGUUUAGGGUCCGAUGUACGGUGGACACCUCCGUGCCACUCGAUGCACUACAUAGCAACUCUGGUCUAUUUGAGAAUCAAACGGCAUUUGAUAGCUGUCUUGGGCCUUAUACGUGGACUGAACUUCCAACAAAGUUCCAACAAAGUUCCAACAACCAAGUUCCAUCACAGUUCCAACAAAGUUCCAUCAAAGUUCCAACAACCAAGUUCCAUCACAGUUCCAACAAAGUUCCAUCAAAGUUCCACAAAACCACACCCUCAUCGCGUCUUCGCAUCCUCAAGCCUCCGCCACCAAACGCCAACGCCACCACCAGGGAAAAUCCCCUGGUGAUGUCACAACCUGUAAAUAACCAACAACCAGUUGUACGUCAACCACAGCAGCAGAUGAGGAGGCGGUUGAGAAGAUCAACCGGGACUGAAGCUCCCGUUGACAACAAGGCUAUCGUGCCUCCCCUUUCAGCCGGUCAAGACUACGCCUACGACUUCAACCCGGCCCCAAUGCCGUCAUCGUCAACCCCAGCCCCAACACAAUCAUCUUCACCUACAAUUCCUACGCAAUCGUCUUCAGCCGCAGCACCUAAUGGACACGAGAAUGCGUACCACAACCCCGGUGCUUUCAUCGACGCUCCACAGCAAGUAAAUCCUCAGCUGGCCGGCCAUGACACGCAAACAAAUGCAGGAAGCCACGCCACCAGCACCACAGCUCAUCAGUCCGAAGUCGACAAAGUCAAAGCCGAGAACGGAGGGAAAUGUGCCUUUGGUCACUACGACUACUACCCCCAGAACGAGACAUGGACUGGACCUAGCCCUGCCUAUACGGGAUCGUCCCCUCGUAACCAAGCGCUUAUUCUGUCGCGUGCUCUCUUGAGUACCCGGUGGGGUGGGCAAAUUGCAGCUUCGUAA